AUUAUAUGCGUGUCAUUAAUCUUCCUCUUUCUCUUAUGUUUUCACUUUGUUCCCUCAAUGGAAGUUUCCAGUUUAAAGCUGCACCCCUCUGUAUUUUUUCCUCUCUCCUCCAUUGAAACGCACUUUGAAUUCUCCAUUGAAGCGCACUUCUGAGCUUUUUCUCCAUUGAAGAAUCUUUUGAGGAUUUUGUUUAUAAUCCUUUAUUAAUGUUAGGGCAGAACAAUGAAAAUGAAGCUUCUCUCCCUGGGUCUAGGGCAGUCGCCCCGGCUCAGGGACGGGCCUCGAGUAGUGGUAAAAGUGAUUCACAAGCCUCAGUCUCAGGCUCAGAUGCUUCUGCGCUGAGGAGGUCAACUAGGGGUCAGAAUAAUUUGAGUCCGGUUAGUCUGAGGAAGUCUCAGAGACUACAACGGCAGUCGCCACCUGCCACCCCACCCUCUUCUAAGAAGAAGAAAGCUGGGAAUCCGAGCCCAUUGCGAAGGUCGGUGAGGGAGAAUAAGUCUCACUCUUUAAGCUCUAAGGAGACGGGGGAGAAGGGUUCACCGUCUUAUAAUGGUUUGAAGCAGCAGACUAAGGGUUCAACUGUGUUAGACUCUUCGAAUGAGAAGAACCAGAAGCAAGACAAGACUUUAAAGCAGAUUGCACAGGAAGUCAAAGAUAAGGGUAAGCAGAAUUGCAGUUCUGAAGUUGGUAAUAAGAGGAAAAAGAGGCUAGAUGCUCGGCGUUACAGAGACAUGUUUAAGCCCCUGAAGAAGAGCAAAGUUUCAGAUUCAGAAUCUGAUAAAAAGAGCAGGCUGGAAAAUUGUGAUGACAGUGGAGGUAGUGGUCAUGAGAAAAUCGAUGAAGGGGAUCAAGAGCGUAGUGAUGGAGAAGAAAUGAAUGGAGAUUGUGCAAAGGACAUAGAUGAUGAUGCUAGAGAUUCCAAUUCUUGUGAAAUUGAAGAUGGAGAAAUUCUGCUGGCGUCUAGGGGUCAUGAUGUUGCCUCUCCAUCUUCUCCUAGGAUCGAGGCUGUGCAAAAAUCCGACAAAUCCAAAGAACUUCCAGUGAAUGGCUCUGCAAUGGAUAAUCUUUCCAACCAGGAAAUGCAGUUGACUCUGGACAAGCUAUCUGACGAUGGUGAUGGAUCUGGAUGUAGUCAGAGAGGGAUAAGUCUAGGGGAUUCUGCUGUCAGAAGUGAAGGUACAAGCAAAUGUACCAUGGAUGUUGCUUCCUCAGUAUCAUCUUCAUGCAAUUUAAGCAUUUUUGCCGAGGACUGUGCCAAAUGCUUAAGAAAGCGAAGGCUGGACUAUGAUUCUCCGGAGCAAGACCUUUGCUGCUGUCUUUUAAACACUAUAAAUGACGUCGAUAAUUCUAAGGAUAGAGGGCAAUGCUGGACUGUUGUUACUACAGAAUUUGCUGAGGACCUUGUUCGAGGUGUCAAGCAAAGUGCUUCUAAGCUUGAUGUUCAGCGGAGUACUUGUGUUACUUGCAAACUUGCAGGAAAACUCUUGCACUGUAGUGGAAAAGGAUGCGGAAGAAGUUAUCAUUCUCCAUGUUCAUUGAACUCCGAGGAAAAUAUAUAUCUUUCAAAUUGGUACUGUUCUGACUGCACUAAGAAACAGUUGGCCCUUGGUGUCCAUUCUGUGUCGGAAGGCAUAGAAUCAAUUUUGGAUGUUAGAGAAGUGGAUAUGUCAAACACUGAAGGUAGACAGAAGCAAAAGCAGUGCUUUGUCAAAUAUAAAGGUCUUGCCCAUAUUCAUAAUCGCUGGGUAGCAGAAAUACUGUUGGUUCAUGAAGCCUCAGAUCUUCGCGCAAAACUUGGCAAACAGAAAGAGGAGUUGCAGUGGAAUCCAGCUUUGGCCAUACCUCAUCGUUUACUGAAGAGAAGAUCAGUAAUUGUCGAUGAUAAGCCAAUUGAUCAGGAAAUUAAUUUUGAAUCAAAGAGCCAGCACGAAUGGCUUGUGAAAUGGUGUGGUCUUGAUUAUGAUCAAGCAACAUGGGAACCCGAGGAUUUGUCCUUUUUUAAGAAACCUGAAACUCAACGAUUGAUUGAAGAAUAUGAAACACGUCAUAACAAAGCCCGGAAGCCACCAUUAUCUGGAAAUAAUGAGGCUCAAGAAAAGAGAAAGGAUUCGCAUUUCAAACUUGGAAAACUUAUGAUUGGCGGAGCUGAUAGUUGCUAUCUUAACUCUGUCAAUAAGCUUCGUGAGUAUCACCAUAAGGGGCAUAAUGUUGUUCUACUAGAUGAACAGGAUAGAUUUGUGAAAGUAAUCCAUCUUGUUUCAUCCUUAGUGACACAAGGUUCUUGGCCAUUUCUCAUCAUUUGUCCGAAUGCAUCUCUGCCAUCCUGGGAGGCUGAGUUUUUGCACUUAGCAGCAUCUAUCAAUGUUGUGGUUUAUGGUGGAAAUGCAGAUGCACGUCAUAUCAUUAGAAGUCUGGAGUUUUAUGAAGAUGGUGGUCAAGUAUUGCUCCAAGUACUACUAUCUAGUGCUGAAGCUAUUGCUGAGGAUGUUGAAGAACUGAAAGGCAUUCAUUGGGAAGCUGUUAUUAUCGAUGACUCCCAACAGUCCUGUAUUUUGACUCAUUCUGGUUCUAUCAAGAAUUUGGAUACUGGGUGGAGAUUACUUCUUAUGAAUGCCCAGUUAAGGAAUAACAUAACUGAUUAUUUAAAUAUCUUGUCCUUGCUGGACCCUGGUGGUAUCAAUCAAGAUCCCGAACUACUUUCUAACUCCAAUGCUGACAUUGAAGCAUUGAAAGAUAGAUUGUCCUCUUUCAUUAUUUGUGCAAGAUUUAUUGAAUAUUGGGUACCAGUGGAGAUCUCUAAUAUUCAGCUUGAAUGGUAUUGCUAUUAUAUGCUGUCAGAAUUCUCUGCCCUUCGCACAUUUUGGAAGAGUGAUCCUGUGGGCUCCCUCCGUGAUAUUCUUAUUUCGUUACGAAAGUGCUGUAAACAUCCUUAUAUUGUGGAUUGGCAAUUGCAAAAUUCCCUAACUAAAGAUAAAGAUCUUUCCGCGGAUGCUAUGAUGGAUGUGGAUGUCCGAGCUAGUGGCAAGCUACAUUUUCUUGAAAAACUUCUCUUUGAGCUAAAGGAGCGAAAAUUGAAAGUUCUUAUCCUUUUCCAGUCAACUGGUGGUUCUGGAAGGGAUACUACCUCAGUUGUUCUUGAAGAUUUGCUUGGGAAAAGAUUUGGUUCAGAUUCUUAUGAAUGUGUUACAAGUUUGCUUAUCCCUUCCAAGAAGCUGGUCGCUUGCAACAAGUUCAACAGAUUAAGAGAGAGAUCCUUCUUUUUACUGGAGACACGAGUUUGUAGUCCAGCCAUUAAACUUUCGACAGUACAUGCUGUUAUUUUAUUUGACAGUGACUGGAAUCUUCAUAAUGACCUAAAGGCACUUCAAAAAAUCACGAUAGAUUCAAAGCUUGAACAGAUUAAAGUCUUUCGGUUGUAUUGCCCAUUUACUGUUGAAGAGAAAGUUCUUAUCCUUGCAAAGAAUGAUAUGAUCCUUGAUAGCACGCUGCAGGGUAUUAGUCCAAGUACUAGCCACAUGCUUCUGAUGUGGGGAUCCUCAAAUUUGUUUUCAAGGCUAGAUGAGUUUCAUCGUGAUAAAAUUCUGAACUACAAAGACAAUAUUGUAUUCAGAUCUUCAUUUUUGAUUGAUGUUAGUAAAGAGAUCGUUUCUCUAUUUAAAGAUUGUAAUAAUAUUUACUCGAGUAAAUAUAUAUCAGUAGCACGACAAAAUGGUGGAUGUUAUCUCAAGUGUAUACCCUUGGUUGGAGAGCAGAAAAUUCAGCAAGAAGAAGUUCCACCACCUGAUUUUUGGACUAAGUUAUUGGAAGGAAAGCAGCCUCAGUGGAAGUAUCUUACAGGCUCAUCUCAGAGACACAGGAAGCGUGUCUAUUAUUCCGAGGAGUCUCCUUCAGAAGUUCAUAGUGUUGAAGCAGCAAAGUGGCGCAAGAAAAUGGAUGGUACUAAGAUUGAUUCUCCUUCCCAGCAAACUGAACCAAGGCUAGAGAAACAAGAUUCUGGGAGCAAGGAGCAUCAAGAGUCUGGUGAUGUAGAGAAUCUGCAUAACCAGCUGGGAAAUCUUUAUGAAAUGUUGAAGCCAACUCUAUUAGACCUUUGUGAGUCUCUGCUACUUGAGGAUAAUGUGAAAAAAUUGGCUGAGGAAUUUCUCGAGUAUCUGGUGAAAAAUUAUCGAGUCACGAGAGAGCCCGAGACUACAUUACAAGCUUUCUUACUCUCAGUGUGUUGGACUGCAGCUGAGGAACUGGAGAACAAAAUUGAUCACAAAAAGUCGCUUACCAUUGCCAGAGAGAGGUUGGGCUUUAAUUGCUUAGAACGUGACACUGAGAAAAUAAUUUCCAGGUUGAAGCCAAUAAUGGAUAAUUUUAUAUGUUUGAGAAAGAAAAAUCCUAAUUCGGAAGGAAAAUUUAUUGAAUCACCACUAGGCAACCUGAAUAAUGUAACUGUAGAGCUUGAGGAACAUAUGAAGAAGGUUGAAAUGAAAUGUGGCAGGCAAAUGGAGAAGCUAAAAAAUAAACACUAUGAAGAACUUGAGAAAUUUGAAAAAUCCUGGGUGGAUUUGACGAUGAAGCUAGAAAAGUGGUGUAAAGCAGAGUUAACCACUAUUCGUUAUACUCACGCUAAUUCUUCAAUUGGAAUUGAUAAGUUGAAGGCCUUGGAUAAUGAUUAUGCUAAGAAAAGGGAAGAGCUAGAAAAGCAAAAAACCAUCAAACGUAAAGAGCUUGAAGCUAGGCAAAAGGUUGAAAAAGAUUUAGAAGAGAAGAAGCUAGCUGGGUAUAUGAAACGAAUUAACUCCUUGGGGUGCCAUAAGCUUUUGGAAGAACCUCAUGAUAAGAGUGGAGUAAAUUCUGAAGUUGCUGAACCUAUUGGACCAAAUGAAGAAUCAAAUGGAACUGUGGGUAUCAAUUGGAACCUCUCAAAGCAGCAAAGUUUCAAGACAAAAACAAUAGCGUCUGUACUUGCUGAAAAUCCAGAGAAUACAGAUGAGCAGAGAGUGAGUUGCUCAAAUGAUGAUUUUGUAGCAUCCAUAGAGAAUAUACCAGCAUCUAAGGGACCUAUUGGACUAGAUAAAGAAUCAAAUGGAACUGGAGUUAUCAAUAGAAAUCUCCUAAAGCAGAAAAAUUCUGAGGGAGAAGCAAUAGUUUCUGUGUUAGCUGAAAAUCUGGAGAAUACAGAUGAACAGAUAGAAAACUGUGGGAAUGAUGAUGCUAUAACUGGUAUAGAGAGCGUACCAGCAUCUAAUGGGCCUGAUACUAGUACAUGUUCACCUGAACAGCCUUCUGCUCCUACUGGACAGAUUGAGAAAGAUACCAAUCAAAUAGAUGAUGUGGUAGUAGACAGGUUGACUGCUGUAGAAAGCAACCAAAUUAAUGGAGCCAGUACAACAGGGCCAUUGCUCUCUCCAAUUGGUUCAUUCACGGAGCACCCAAAUGCUGUUACGAGUCAGGGGCUUGGAGAUGAAUCUCAUAUUGGAGUGGGAGAGCAAGUAGGACUUGCUACCCGGACACAUACUACGCCUUUAGGUGAUACAUCAUCUUUAAAUCGUCCCAAUCAUGUGCCAUCUGACCUUUUGCAUAAUGAAGAAGCACGCUGUUCUACCGAGGCUUCAUUCAAUGAGUGGGUUACACAUUACAAUGAUCAGUUGGGAGUUGCUCCUAAUGGUAGGCUUGAUAGUCAGCCAAUCGGAAAUCAUACAUCUUUUGUGGGUACUACAACCCCAAGGCAUCAAGAUCAAAUGGGAGUGGCUCCAAAUGGUAGGCUUGAUAUUCAGCCAAUAGUAAAUCAUGGAUCUAUUGUGGAUACCACAACCCCAAGGCAACAAGAUCAAAAUAGGGGCCGCGUCUUAGGUGAAGCUGUUUCACAGAUGCCUGUUCAUGUAGUUCCUGCAAAUUUUUUCACCCCGAAUGAAACUAAUGCACCAGUAGCAAGAGGAGCUGUCCCUGCACAUUCUAGCCAUGCAAAUCGAAUGCAAAUGCCUAUUAACACUUUGGUUACAACACCCAAUCAUUUUGAUCCACUUCAAUUUGAAGUAGAUAGAAUACGUAGAGAGAUGGGUAAUUUGAUGACCAUUCAUGAGCAAAAGAAGUCACAGUUGAAAUCAGAAUGUGAUAAAGAAAUUGAGGAACUUGUUGCUCAAAUUAAGAGAAACUAUGACAAGAAAAUUGAUGAGGCUGAGGCAUCAUUUUCGCUUAAAAGGAAGGAACUUGAAACAUGUCAGAACAAGGUCGUGAUGCAUAAGAUGCUGGCUGAGGCCUUUCGAUCUAAGUGCACCGACUAUAAGGCAGCUACAAGGAUGCCACAGAUAGGUAACUCUUCUAGUUCUGUAGAGAUUGCCUCGCAAUUACAUUCUACAAGACCUUUCUCUCCUGCUACGUCACCUUCCAGUGGUCCACCUAGUGCUACACCACCUUUACGGGCUGUUCGUCCCUCUAUGACCUUAAGUGCACAAGCCAGAAUUUCUCAUGUCGACCCUGUAGCACUAACGGCAGGACAACAGCAACAAAUUAGGCGUGAAGCACGUGCCCCAGCCCCUCAUAUACAGCCCUUCAGAUCUGCUUCAUCUGCUAUUUCUUCCAGCUGUAUGCCUUCUGAUGCGUUGAUGCCACAGCCACCUAACAAUCCAACUUCUAACUUAGCACUGCAGCUCCAACCACAGCCACCAGUACAGCCAGCACCAGUACAGCUAAACUCUCGUGGUCAGUCACGCCAAGAAGAAUCAAUGGGAAGGGGUACACCACUUAGCUUAUCCUUGAGUGCAACACAGUUGCUAAUGGAUAUUACAAGGCGACAUGAUGCAAAUCUUCAUUCUAACAACGUACCCUCUUUGCCAGAUAAUGUGCGAAGUUCUGAGUCUUGGGACACAUCCCAAUUUGAGGAAGUAACGAAUGUGCAACCGUCUUCGUCUAAUUUACAAAAUGGAGACGUGGUCUGUUUAUCUGAUGACGAUUAAAUAUCGUGACAUUCUUGGUACCCUAACCUUCAAUUUGUUGUAACUCUUAGAUCCUAUUUUCAGCUUGGGAUUAAGAAUUAUAGUAGUCUGGGUCUGCAAGCUGUAUACAGUCCACUGUUAUUGUAGCUAUAGGUUAGCAGCUAAUGUAACUAAUUGUGAUUAAUUUGAAAUGAAAUAGGUGCACUCAUAUUGUGCAAGAUUCUUCCGGUGUUCCGUGUUCGUGCUAGUUUUCUAGCUUUUGGAAUAUACUUCGUAUUUUGUUAA